AAUUGUAAAAUUAAUUCUUUUGAGAUAACUUUAUCCUAAUCAAACAUCACUAACCUUAUUGAUAAGGGCGUCAAGUUGGACAAGUAAAUGUGGACGGAAGGAUUAGCGCCAAGUUUCAUCUGAUAUGUUGGGAUUUGGGACUUUACCAUGACUUGUGUCUUCCUCCCUGAAGACAACUCUGUCCUUUUACAUAUAACAACCAAAUAAGGAAAACAAGAAACCCAUUAACUCUAACUCUGUAUACUUGUUCCAACACUCCUCUGGUCACUGACUUGCACAAACAAAGAUAGAACCUCCUCCCAUAUGCUACCAAAUGGCAUCUCAAGUUAACCACAAAGAAGAGACAUUUGAUUCACAUUUUCCACGGAUGCAUCAAGUUAAUUUUACCCCAGCAACGAAAUUUGGAUCUGAAUCAAAACCUUGUGCUGCUGUUCCUAUUCGUUCUGUUGCCCCGACAGGUGAACAAAACGUGAAUGCCAAGUUCAAGGCCAAAUCACAGAAGAUUAAGAAAAACAUGCCACCUAUGAAGGGAAUUCGUGAAACUGUAUCGAAACUUUUGAAAGUGGAACGGCCUGAAAAUAAGUCCUCUGCAUCUAAGAAAACUAAAGGAGAAUCUAGAUGUGGAGAGGCCACCGUAACAAAGAAGCCAAAGUCAGUUGCUAGUGCUGAUUUUUCUGGCCUACCACCACCGUUUUGUUCCUGUACAGGUGUUUCUAGAAAGUGCUACAAAUGUGGUGGUGGGUGGCAAUCAUCAUGCUGUACCACCUCCUUAUCUGAGUAUCCCCUCCCAUGGAAUCCCUCAAAACCUGGGUAUCGUCUGACUGGGAGAAAAAUGAGUAAUGGAGCAUAUAAUAAGCUUCUUUUUACUCUUGCAACUGAAGGUUGUGAUCUUUCUAAUCCAGUUGACCUGAAGAACCAUUGGGCAAAACAUGGUAGUAACAAAUUUACUACUAUCAAGUAAACACGAGGAAAGCUGACUGAAACGUAUGCAUCAACUGUAUUAUGUAUAUAUUAUUUACUCUCCAAUUGUUGUUUCCUCGGGUAAGCAUUGUAGGAACCUUGGGGUUGGUUAUUAAUAUGUCGAACUUAGUACUGAUAAAUUCUGGUAAUAUCAUGCUUCGUUGUAUGUCUUUGGAUGCUUCUUCUGUUCUAACAAAAGUAUGGCAUUCUUGCUCUCA